AUGCUCCAGACAUUCUGGGUUGCCUGGGAGCCACAUGCGAAUACUUCGCAGGGAAUUCUUAACCCUCGACCCUUAGUCACUAAAGACGAGGUAAAAGUGGUCCGCGACGCUACCUACAAGCAGACGCAAGCCUUUAACAACGUGCCAGAAGGCAUGAGGAAGCGGUUUGCAUCUCUCGUGAAGUGUACUGCCCGACUCGAGACUGGAGCGUGCGGCCAAUGGGGUAGCUCGCUUCAAGAAGCCUAA